UGGAAUUUUCCAUCGUGGCCAUGACGAUUGGGGACCUCUGUGAGGUGACGUCCCUACACCUGGAAGCUGAGCAUGCUGGGAAAUGCCUGCUUUAAAACCGAGCAUCUUUGAGAGAUGUCCGGAACGGUGUCGGAUCUUUCUCUGGUGCAUUGGAAACAGCAGUGGUUGGAAAACGGCACCCUCUACUUCCAUGUGUCCAUGAGCAGCGCUGAACAACUUUCCCGGGCCACACCACCGAGCCUGCAAGAACCUUCGGAGAUUGUGGAUGAGCAGAUGCACAUUCUACACGUGUCUGUCAUGGGUGGGCUGAUUGCUCUCCUUCUGCUGCUGCUGGUGUUCACCAUCGCCUUGUAUGCGCAGCGGCGCUGGUACAAACAGCGCCGGGUCCCCCACAAGAGCGCCAGUUCUGAGGCCACCCACGAGAUCCACUACAUCCCCUCUGUACUGAUUGGCUCCCAGGGCAGGGAGAGCUUCCGGAGUUCACGCCUUCAAGGUCACACCUCGGUCAUCGGCAUGCCCAUCCGGGAGACCCCCAUUUUGGAUGACUACGACUACGAGGAGGAGGAGAACCCUCUGCAUCCGGAGCUCGGCUACCGAGAUGGCGAUUUCGGGAGUCAAACCGGGGUGCCGCUGGACAGCUCAGGCCGGAGCGGAGAGAAACUGGUCUACGAAAAGAAAGCUACAGAGGUGUCUCAGGAAACGGUGGAGACCCUAAUGCAGAAAUUCAAGGAGAGUUUUCGGACCAACACACCCAUCGAGAUUGGCCAGUUGCAGCCCGCUGUGCGUAGUGCCUCUGUCGGGAGGCGGAAACGCAGGAACCGGCAUCGAGGCGGUGUUGGAUUUGGUCACACCAAGGGUAACUCCGGUUCUGAAGCAGAUGACGAGACCCAGUUGACUUGCUACACCGAACAGUACCGAAGCCGCCGACGCAGCAAAGGUUCCCUCAAAAGCCCAGUGAACAAGACAGCCCUUACCUUAAUUGCUGUGAGCUCUUGCAUCCUGGCCAUGGUCUGUGGCACCCAGAUCUCCUGUCCACUCACGGUCAAAGUCACCCUUCAUGUUCCCGAGCACUUCAUUGCUGAUGGAAGCAGUUUUGUGGUGAGUGAGGGCAGCUACUUGGACAUCUCUGACUGGCUGAAUCCUGCGAAGCUCUCCCUGUAUUAUCAAAUCAAUGCCACGUCCCCGUGGAUCCGUGAUCUUUGCGGGCAGAGAACAAUGGACGCGUGUGAGCAUCUCUGCGAUGAAGAGACUGGUGAAUGCAGCUGCCAUGAAGGAUAUGCUCCUGACCCUGUACAUCGACACCUUUGUGUCCGCAACACCUGGGAACACAGUGAAGGCCCCUGGCCAUACACAACUCUGGAAAGAGGCUAUGAUUUGGUGACGGGUGAACAAGCUCCUGAGAAAAUUCUUAGGUCUACCUACAGCCUGGGCCAAGGUCUUUGGCUUCCUGUGAGCAAAAGCUUCGUAGUUCCACCGGUGGAGCUUUCAAUCAAUCCGUUGGCUAGCUGCAAGACAGAUGUCCUUGUGACUGAAGACCCAGCAGAUGUAAGGGAAGAAGCAAUGUUGUCGACCUAUUUUGAGACCAUCAACGACCUUCUCUCUUCCUUCGGACCGGUUCGGGAUUGUUCUCACAAUAACGGAGGCUGUACCCGCAACUUCAAAUGCGUAUCGGAUCGUCAAGUGGACUCAACUGGUUGUGUGUGCCCCGAAGACUUGAGACCCAUGAAGGAUGGGACCGGCUGCUACGACUACUCCAAGGGGAUUGAUUGCUCAGAUGGCUCCAAUGGCGGUUGCGAGCAGCUGUGCCUUCAGCAAACUCUCCCUCUCCUGUGGGACCCAACCUCCAGCACCAUCCACAUGUUCUGUGGUUGCGUUGAGGAAUACAAGCUGGCUCCAGAUGGCAAGUCCUGCCUCCUAUUGUCGGACAUCUGUGAGGGCCCCAAGUGUCUCAAGCCAGAUGUGAACUUCAACGACACUCUCUUUGGAGAGAUGCUUCAUGGCUACAACAACAGGACCCAACAUGUCAACCAAGGGCAGAUCUUCCAGAUGACAUUCAGGGAGAACAAUUUCAUCAAGGACUUUCCCCAGCUGGCUGAUGCAUUGGUGGUCAUUCCUUUACCGGUUGAGGAACAGUGCCGUGGAGUGCUAUCAGAACCUCUUCCCAACCUCCAAUUGCUAACUGGUGACAUUCGAUACGAUGAAGCCAUGGGAUACCCCAUGGUUCAACACUGGAGGGUCCGAAGUAACCUGUACAGAGUGAAGCUCAGCACCAUCGCCCUCUCGUCCGGCUUUUCAAACGUCCUCAAGAUCCUGAACAAGGACAGCAGCCGGGAGGAGCUGCUGUAUUUCAUUCAGCAAUAUGGCUCCCAUUACAUCGCGGAGGGCCUGUACGGCUCCGAAUUCAGCUGCACCAUCCACUUCCCAAGCAAGAAGAUACAGCAGCAGCUCUGGCUGCAAUAUCAGAAAGAAACGACCGAACUUGGAAACAAGAAAGAGCUGAAGUCCAUGCCGUUCAUCACCUACCUCUCUGGGCUGCUGACCGCCCAGAUGCUCUCCGACGAUCAACUGAUCUCCGGCGUGCAGAUCCACUGUGAAGAAAAGGGCCGCUGCCCGUCGACCUGCCAUCUCUGCCGCCGGGCGGGCAAGGAGCAGCUCAGCCCAAGCCCCGUGCUGUUGGAGAUCAGCCAUAUCGUCCCAUUAUACAUGCUCAUCCAGGACAACGAGACCAGGGAGGCCUUCAAGGCAGCCCUCAUGAGCUCGUACUGGUGCUCCGGGAAAGGAGACGUGAUUGAGGAUUGGUGUCGGUGUGACCUGAAUGCCUUUGAUGAGAACGGCCUCCCCAGCUGCAGCCCACUUCCCCAGCCUGUUUUGCGUCUUUCUCCCACCGUGGAGCCUUCCAGCACAGUUGUCUCCUUGCAGUGGUUAGAUGUCCAGCCAGCCAUUGGAACCAAAGUCUCUGAUUAUAUUUUGCAUCACAAAAAGGUGGAUGAAUACACCGACACCGACCUGUAUACAGGAGAGUCCUUGAGCUUUGCAGAUGAUUUGCUCUCCGGCCUUGGGACCGCCUGCGUUGCUGCGGGGAGAACUCACGGGGACAACCAAGAUGGUCAAGAAAUGUACUCCGUCAUUUUCAAAUGCUUGGAACCUGAUGGACUGUACAAAUUUACCCUCUACGCUGUGGACACUCGUGGGAGGCAUUCUGAACUCAGCACCAUCACGCUAAGAACGGCCUGUCCGCUGGUGGAUGACAGCAAAGCAGAAGAGAUAGCCGAUAAGAUCUACAACCUGUACAAUGGCUACACCAGUGGGAAGGAGCAACAGACUGCCUACAACACCCUUAUGGAGGUCUCUGCUUCCAUGCUCUCCCGGGUCCAGCAUCACUACAAUUCCCACUACGAGAAGUUUGGGGAUUUCGUCUGGCGUAGCGAGGAUGAGCUCGGUCCCAGAAAAGCACAUCUCAUCUUACGACGGCUGGAGAGAGUCAGCAGCCACUGUUCCAGUUUGCUGCGCAGUGCCUACAUCCAGAGCCGGACAGAUACCAUGCCCUACUUAUUUUGUCGAAGCGAGGAGAUUCGGUCUCCCGGCAUGAUCUGGUACAACGUCCUCAAAGACACCAAAAUCGCCUGUGAAGAGAAGAUGGUCUCUGUCUUGCGCAACCUGUACGGCGACUCCAAGGGACGAUGAAAGACCUGUCUGGCUAAGCAAGGGACGAUGGAGCACAGGCAUCCCCGGCUGAAGAACACGUGUCAACCUUCCAUUUGACGGACGGCAGAUCAGCUAGACAAACCACAGCCAGCGGAGGGACCAGCCAGAUCCCUCCCCCCUCCCCCUUUGAUUUUAGGUUCUCUUUUUUUAAAUAAUAAUAAUAACAAGGAUCAUUUAAGAAGGAUGUCCAUUCUUUUGCUCCGUCCAAGGGGAGGGGGGGGAGAAAAAAUAAAUAAAGGUGUCCUCCGUUUCAAACGUGUUUCUCCUAACUACAUCCUUCAAUGGAGAGCUAGGAAGACAACUCAGCUGGUGGGGGUGAGGGCCCACAAGUGGUGGAAACCAGCCGUACUUGGGAAGGGGGGCAGUUGGUGACCCGCCUUAGGUUUUUUGGGGGGGGGGGUUGCUCUGAGGGACUGAGACUUGGGUAACAUGCAAGAAGUCGGAAGGACCUACGUUUUGGGAAAGCCAGCAUCCUUGAAAUAGCCACUGAGCGUGUAACAGCAACCUGGAGAAAGAAUUUUGCUAGCGGGCCAUUACGAGAAGAGUGGCGCAAAUUCAAUGCACAUUGCGUGUCAAACAAACAACAAAAAAAGGCUCCUUGGGUGAUUGUCGCUAUCAGUAUCCUGACAGGUUGUCCUGUGCAUUAAAACAUUCAUAUUUACUUCCAA